CGGUAUGGUUGGCCGGCGCUGGGGCCCCUGAGUGCCCGUGGGUGCGGGUCCUCGAACCGACACUGCGGGAGCCGAGUGGAGCUCGCGCGAGGAGGUCUAAGGUCCUCGAGGCCGGGCAGACGCCGGGGGGCGUCCACGAGUGACUCCCGAGGCCACGGGAACGACUGCACACACACACAUCCGCAGGGACGGAGCACCUCCCAGACGCUGCGGGAAGGGAAAGGUUACAGACGCGAGGAGAGCGGCUGGCCCUGGGCGCUGGAAGUUAGGUGCCUACCCUCCUGCAGGGCGGAAGACGGCCCUAUCUGCACUGCAAGUCCCAGCCUGGAGGCUCUACUGCCCAUGGCCCUUCCUAAAAGUGCCGCAGAAUGGGACAUGGGCUCCUGGAUCAGGGUCAUGCAUCCCUAAAGUGGGUUGCAGCCUCAAGACUUGUGCAUAGCUCACCCACAGAUACUACAGGCGCUCAGCAAGCCGUGGUGCUGAGACCAGGCGCUGUAGCCCACGAUGCCACGGCACCUUUCUCCAGCCUUGGUCCUGCCUGCUCCCACAGCCUCUGGGUCUCCAGACCCGUAGGAGCUCAUGGUCCUGGGCUCCUUGCCCUCUGAAAGGAGUGAGAAAGAAGUCCCCAAAUCCAAGCAGCAUCCAUGAAAAGCCAGCAGGAUGGGCGAGGAACUGGGCAGAGAGCCUGAGUGAGGCUCUAGGUCCACGAGAGGAGAACGAAGUGCCCACUGAGAUCCGCUGCAGCUUCAUCUGCUUUCCUUUGCACUGGAACUGGCCGAGAGCACACUGGAAGCCCCAGGAGGCAACCACCAUAUGAGGAGGCCCUGCUGGGCUGUGCAGGGUGUGGAGUCCCUCAGCAGCUGGAAGAAACGCGGUACCCAAUGAUGUGCCCUGCCAGGACUCACCUUGACCCACAGGGAGCUCCUGGGAGGUGUGCGACUGGGCAGGGGCCAAAUCCGUUUGGAUCUGCAAGGGACAGUAGAUGCCCUCACCAGACUCGAUCCACCUAUCCCUCCGGAGAACCGUCUGAACCUGCAUCUCUUAAAUUCCCCCACAGCACGUGUGGGAGACCACCACAGCUCAUUCAAUUCCACAGACUGGGAGUUAGGGUCACUCCCCUGCCCCCGCCAAAACAAGCCGCCUUUAGAAUAGUGCAACCAACAUGCAAAUUUAU